AUGCAUCUUAUGUACACUCUCGAUUCGAAAGGAAACCGCGUCUACACACUAAGAAAGGUUUCGCACGGAGAAGUCACCAAAAGCGCUCACCCAGCAAGGUUUUCACCGGAUGACAAGUAUUCAAGACAUCGUGUGACUCUGAAGAAACGCUUCGGUAUGCUGUUGACGCAGCAAGGUACAGCCUCAUACGCUUAA